AUGGCUUCCACCGUCUGGGGCAGUGCCCCCUGGUGGGGCCCGCCACCCCCAGCCCCAGCCCGGCCGCUCACAGACAUCGACUUUUGCUCUGGCGCACAGCUGCAGGAGCUGACUCAGUUGAUUCAGGAGCUGGGUGUUCAGGAGAGUUGGAGUGAAGGGCCCAAGCCUGGAGCUGAUCUUCUCCGAGCCAAGGAUUUUGUCUUCUCUUUGCUCGGUCUAGUUCACCGCCAGGACCCUCGUUUUCCAUCUCAGGCAGAACUCUUGCUGCUUCGCGGUGGGAUUCGCGAAGGCUCCCUAGAUUUAGGGCAUGCCCCCUUAGGUCCCUACGCCCGGGGACCUCAUUACGAUGCCGGCUUUACACUCCUUGUGCCUGUGUUCUCUCUGGAUGGCACUGGGCCCGAGCUGCUACUGGAUCUAGAAUCCUGUUACGCGUGGCUCCGCCUUCCGGAGCUGAAGUGCGGAAUGUCGGUCCGGGAGACCUGGCAGGAUUGCCUAGGACCCCCUGUCCCAGAAGAAUGUGACUUGACUCCCCAAACCCAUAGCAAAGAGAGUCCCACGGGCCAGGAGAGCUCUGUAGACCAGUCGCAUGAGUGUGUCCCUGAGCCCGAGCCGCACACAUCUGUGGAAAAAUCAUCUAGUGACCUUUCAGGGUCCUGUUCGCCUGACAGUGACACCACCAAUCGUGAAACUCCUGAACCAUUGAAAACACUGAGUAGUGAUGCCUUGGAAGCCGACGAAAGCCCAGUCCCAAAGCUGUCGGAGGCUCCGAAGGCAUGGCCCACAUUGUGCCCUACCCAAGUAGCUGCAUGGUUCUUCGUUAAGCUGGCUGAGGUCGCUGAGUCUCUGAUCCCGGUCCCAGGCGCCCCGCGGCUAGUUCAUGCAGCUCGCCACGCGGGUGUCACCACGGUCCUCCUGGCAACUCCAGAGCCCCCACGCCACCUCCUGCUCUUCGACCUGAUCCCGGUGGUGACCGCCUUGCGUGAGGCGGUGGAGGAAGCCAAGGUUGCCCGCAAAGGGGGCGGUUUAGCGGGCGUAGGGGGCGGAACCCACUAA